UAUAUUGGAGAUUGAUUCUGCCGCACAUAUUUAUGUUGUCAAACGAAAAACAUUCAGCCGAUUUCUAAAACUUGUUUUUUUGUGUGUUUCGGCACUUCUCGACAUAAAUCUAUUCGGAGCAUUAGAUCGAAGAGAAAAAAUCAUUUCGUUGCAGUAAAAGCCAAAGAAAAAGGUGGAAAAUGUCCGACGUUGAUGAUGAUUUUAUGUGCGAAGAUGAGGAAGACUAUGGAUUGGAAUACUCUGAGGAUAGUAAUUCCGAACCGGACGUCGAUUUAGAAAAUCAAUAUUACAACAGCAAAGCUUUGAAAGAAGAUGAACCCGAAAUGGCGCUGCAAUCUUUCCAAAAAGUAUUGGACCUGGAAAACGGUGAAAAGGGAGAAUGGGGCUUUAAGGCACUCAAACAGAUGAUCAAAAUCAAUUUUAAACUCUCCAAUUACAAAGAGAUGAUGUACCGAUACAAACAGCUGCUAACGUACAUAAAAAGUGCAGUCACACGAAACCAUUCGGAGAAAUCGAUCAACUCAAUUUUGGACUACAUUUCAACUUCCAAAAAUAUGGAAUUGCUACAGAAUUUCUAUGAGACUACAUUGGAUGCCCUGAAGGAUGCGAAAAAUGAUCGGCUCUGGUUUAAAACGAACACAAAACUGGGAAAAUUGUACUUUGAUCGGAGUGAUUUCACGAAGUUACAGAAAAUUCUCAAGCAACUGCAUCAAUCGUGCCAGUCUGAGCUCAAUAGUAGUAAUACACACAGAGGUUGGAGUUACCAAGCGAGGUACCAAUUGAAAAGUACCGAUGAUGGUGAAGAUGAUUUGAAAAAGGGCACACAAUUAUUGGAGAUUUACGCGCUAGAGAUUCAAAUGUACACCGUGCAAAAAAACAAUAAAAAAUUGAAGGCUUUGUACGAACAAUCGUUACAAAUCAAAUCGGCUAUUCCACAUCCUCUGAUCAUGGGUGUCAUUCGUGAAUGUGGAGGUAAAAUGCAUCUUCGAGAAGGUGAAUUCGAGAACGCUCACACGGAUUUCUUUGAGGCAUUCAAAAAUUAUGACGAAUCUGGCUCACCGCGGCGCACCACCUGUUUAAAGUACUUGGUACUGGCCAAUAUGUUAAUGAAAUCUGGCAUCAAUCCAUUCGAUUCACAAGAGGCCAAACCGUACAAAAAUGAUCCGGAAAUUUUGGCAAUGACCAAUUUGGUCGUUUCGUACCAGAACAACGACAUCAACGAAUUCGAGUCAAUACUACGCAACAAUCGUUCGAAUAUCAUGGCUGAUCCAUUCAUUCGCGAACAUAUUGAAGAUUUGCUAAGAAAUAUCCGAACGCAAGUUUUGAUCAAAUUGAUCGGUCCAUACACUCGAAUCGCAAUUCGAUUCAUUUCAAACGAAUUGAACAUAGAACCAUUGGAAGUGGAAAGUUUGUUGGUGUCAUGCAUUCUGGACAAUACAAUCGAGGGUCGUAUCGAUCAAGUGAAUCAGGUGUUGGAGUUAGACAAAGAGAGUCGUGGAGCUGCAAGAUACAAUGCGUUGGAUAAGUGGUCGAAUCAAAUUUACUCGUUACAAUUGGCAGUGAUUAAUAAAAUGGCGUAAGGGAUUGUGCCGGAAGCACAACUCUCUCACGAAUGUAUACCAUGUGAAUAAUAAAAUGCAUCCAGUUCAAGCAAAUUAA